AUGCAGUCCGUCGCGGGCGUGCCGAGGAAGUGGGGUCGACACCGAUUCCAGGUGUUCAGCAUGGGCGACGACGAGGGCGCCGAGGAGUGCGCCUUCGACGCCGCGUGGGCGGACGCCACGGGCGACCUGCCGCCAGAGGCCCCGCCAGCUCCGAAGGAGUUCAGCGCGGAGGACCUCCUGCUGCGCGAGGCGCUGGUCGGCUUCUACUCGGUGCACCGCCCCGACAACGUCGCGAACGUCAACAAGAUCGUCGCGAAGUACCGGGGCCGUGGCGCCAGCACGCUCUGGGCCAGCCUGUGCCUGAAGUACGACGUCCCCGCGCACGAGGCCGUUGGCCUGCUGGGCAGCACGCUGUACACCAGCGCCCCGUUCGAGUACGCGGACGAGGGUAAGGCCGCGCGGCUCGAGGAGGCGCUGGCGGGCAUCCAGGCGAAGGCUGGUCCCGGCGCCGACAGGGCCGAGCUGCUGCGGAGAGCGGUCCAGCUAGGCGCGGAGGACG